GCCGCCAGCCCCAUGACGGGGCGGGCCCUACCGGAGCGCGGCGCCUGGCGGGGGCCGCGGGCGGGGCCGGGGCCGGGGCCGCGGCCGCCGCCUCCUCGCCAACGCUGGCCAGCCCUGCCGGCGGUGGGGCCCGCCAUGGGGCUGUGCCUGCCCUGCAUGGGGGGCGCCGUCAAGGACGUGGUGGAGACGCCCGACCCGGAAAUAAAAAGAAGACAGCUAGCAGAAGCUGCUGAAAGGAGGCAGAUGGAGGCUUCCUCUCGAGGUAUUAAGAACGUUUACUCUGUAGAGCAGAAGAAAAAGAAACAGGAAGAAAUAGAAAAAAGAAUUGCAGCUUCGGGUUCUGGAGGAGAAGGAGGACUGAGAUGGCAGGUUGGAUAAAUCUGAAGAGAAGAUUGAUGUUUACUGCCAAUAACUUGCCAGUUUCUGCAGCAGAGUGGCAGUUGCUCGUCGUGUGGCUUUUGCUGUUUGCGUAUGAAGACUCAGCAGUACUUUGCCAUUGUGGGAGGACAGAAGUGGAAACAUACACUAAGAAACCCGAGAACUAACUCUGAACACUAAGUUUUGGCCAAAUUUGUUUUGUUUGUUUUAUGUGCGUGUUUUGUUGCUUCCCUGCCAAGGGAGUGAGAUGGGUUUUCGCACGUGGAAGUGGCCUCCUCACCUGUAGUCAGCCAGUGUACGUGUGCUGUCUGGUCGAUCGAUGUCUGUCUGUCUGCGUAUGACUGGCUUAGGCACAGCUCUGGUGCCCAUGUGUUGUUUCUGAUGCUUAUUUCAAGCUCCACAAUUAAGCCCUUCUUUACAUCCUCAUGUAGAAAGCUGUUCAUAAAUAUAUUUGAAUACGUGGGUGACAGCAUUUCUCUUCCGUUUCCUAAUGACUUUUGAACUGCUUAGGGAUUUAGUGCCUUUUUCAAAAAAGAAAGCAGAUUCAUGGUGGGUCCUUACAAAUGGAAGCAUUUUGUGACACUAGUUAAAAAAAAAAAAAAAUAGAAACCUUGGUAAACCCUGUAUACUUAUAAGAAGCAAGCUGUUUUAUUCUGAGUCUAAUAAUUGUUCUGAUUUUCUGAUGUGGAUUUCUUUUGAGUCUGUAAGUAUUUAUAAUGAAUACUGGAAGUUAAACAUUAAAUUAAAAAUACUGUUAUUAGUUGUUCUCCUUUAUUACCACAAGAGGGCAAUGCUGCACUUCUGAGGAUUUUGAAAAACAAACGGCAAAAGCCUUCACUGCGUCAUCCCUUGGAUAGUUCAUUUCCUGAAGCUUCUGCGUUAUCUCGGUGGGUUCGUUACAGUGCAGUAACAUUUGCCAAAUGCCCACAGCUCUGUCACUUUUCUUCCAUAUUCAGCAAUGUCUGUAAUCCCCUUCCCCAGGGUGAAGCUGCCUUUGAUGAGUUAGAGCUACCUAAGCUACCUAAGGGUUACAACUGGGCUUUCAAACUAGCGGCCUCGAGCCACUGCUUUGAGAGAUGAGGGACGUUUGUUGCAGCGUGAUCCACACCGGGAAUCUGGAUCUUAUUUUCCCUGGAGAGCAUUAUGCUUGGCCUCAGUAUGUUACUGGCCCCAUUUUUGACCUAGUUUAGCAUACAGAGGCUUUUUUUUUUUUUUUUUUUUUAAGAAAACCUAAAUAUUUCUUCCUUUACCUCCCCAAAUAGCGUCUCACGCUGUCUUAGGAGCGCAGUCCUGACACAAUGAGUUUCCUGGCUUGGCUGUCAGAAUUGAGUUGAGAAGGGAGACUUUUCCAAUAUUAAUGUCAUGGCGUCUGAGCUAAAAUGCUGCAUCCUUGGCAGAUGAAUACCUACAGUUUCCUCUGAUUGCUGGCAAUUGCUCUCUUUAGUGUAUUACUUGGUCAUAGCAAAUUCUAAUGAAAAUGCAUCGAAAUAUAAUAAAAUGUACUAAAUGUUAA